CUUUUCUUUGUGUACCGACUAUGCCCAUUAAACAACCCAAUUCUCAAAUCAAAUUAACAAACGUUUCUGUAGUACGGUUACGAAAAGGUGGAAAACGAUUUGAACUUGCCUGUUACAAAAAUAAGGUUAUGGAAUGGCGUAGUAAUGUGGAAACGGAUCUGGAUGAAGUCUUGCAAAUCCACAGUGUGUUUUUGAAUGUCUCCAAAGGUCAAGUAGCAAGUAAAGAUGAUCUCAACAAAUCAUUCAAGACUGACGAUACCGACAAAGUGAUCCAAGAGAUCCUUAAAAAAGGUGAACUUCAAGUGGCAGAUAAGGAACGAUCAAAUCAACUGGAAUCAAUGUGGAAGGAUAUUGCUAAUAUUGUUACCGACAACUGUGUCAACCCUCAAACCAAACGUCCGUACACUGUUACUAUGAUUGAAAAGGCUAUGCAGGAUUUACAUUUAAGUGUCAAUCCUAAACGAAGCUCGAAAUCUCAGGCUCUUGAUGUGAUCAAACAACUCCAAGAAAAACAACUGUUACCUAUCCAACGUGCUCAAAUGCGUGUCCGUAUCACUCUACCCCAAGGAAAAGAUGCCAAGAAAGUACUCAAGGAAAAGAUCGUCCCAUUGGUGACCUCAAGGGAAGAAGAAGACUUUGAAUCAGAUGAAAUUGAAUUGAUUGCAUUGGUGGAUCCUGGAAAAUACCGAAUCAUUAACGAAAUUCUGCAAACGGACACUAAAGGACGGGGACAAUUGGAAAUCAUGAACCUUCGUGAAAAGGAAGAAGGAGAUGAACGGUUUUAGUACUAGUUUAGUCUGUUAUUAGAUUUUAUAUCUCUUUUAUCUCUCAAACUAAAAUAAAAAAAAAAAAAUAUCUGAAUACA